AUGAGAAGCCAAAACCUAAUGGCAAAGUUGAGAAGAUCAAAGGGUAUUGCAGGUUGCCGAUCCAAGGCCAAUGAAGGGUGCAAAAGACACCCUAAACACAAGCAAUCACCUGGCGUUUGUUCUCUUUGUUUAGGAGAAAAACUUUCUCAGUUACCAUACGGUUCUACCUCUCGACGUCCUACCAUUACUACCACUUGUUCUUCUUCAUCAUCUUCUUCUUCUUCUUUGUCGUCUUAUCAUUCUUCAGCCUUAGCUUCUUCUUCUUCCUCUCCUAUACGUGGCUAUCAUCUUGUCGGAGAAGGAAAGGGCUCUUCAUUUGCUUCGAGAGAUAAGAAAAAGAAUGGAGGGUUCUUGUCCAAGUUGAUUCAUCAUCACAAUAAUGCCACCAUGGUUCAUUAA